GUAGGCGGUUGCUUCGAGAGAAUCUAGACUUUCCGGAACUUCAGUUUUUAGUGUUCAGGCUUUUGGUUCGAAGAAAUUUGAUUCAAGAUGCCCUUGAUAUACGUUGGGAAUUUGGACGAGCAGGUAUCUAAAGUCCAUCUCUAUGAUGAGUUUCUCGUAUUUGGAAAAAUCAGGAGUGUGUGGAUUGCCAAACGACCUCAUGGUUAUGCUUUCAUUGAUUUUGAAGACCCAAGAGAUGCUAAAGAUGCCGUAGAAGGAUUUGGUGGAGUUCCAGUUCUCGGAGUUACAGUUCUCGGAGCUACAGUUCUCGGAGUUCCAGUUCUCGGAGCUCCAGUUCUCGGAGUUCCAGUUCUCGGAGCUCCAGUUCUCGGAGCUACAGCAGGUCACCACCACAUCGUCGAUGAGAUGAGGUGCCAUAUGCAAAUGGGAAUGGGAUUAGAGAAAGUGAUAGGAACAGGAGCUGAGCUUGGAUCGGCUAUUAAUACUUUUAUGACUACGUAACUGAGGUGACACUUCAGCCUCCGCUGCUUCAUAUGUUUGAGUGCCGUUACGGCUGUGUCUCCCUGGCACUACUUCAUUGGUUUGUGCUUCUGCGCUCGUGGUUUCGACCUGCAAUGACCUAUUGUGGAUCCUAGCUGGCUUCUUUACAUUGAAUGUCUUUGGCUAUGAAUGACCGGCUUCCACGCUGCUUGCAGGUACAUGAUCCAUUACAUUGCAUGAUUGUUAUAACAUAAUCUUGUACUUCUAUUACCCUGAGGUUUAUUUUGUUCCCAAAUUGCUGCAUGCCUGUCUAGAGUGAGAGUUAAAAAUGGAACAAAAUAGCCGGUUUUGAAAGUUAAGCUUCCUCAUUUCGAAAAUUCAUUCAUUUAAAGUGAUUUUACGGAGGUUUCUCAUUUAGUUGAAUCCGCUUCUAUUAAAGAAUCAUAGAAAAAAAGAAAUUAUUUUUUAUUUUCGAACUUUUCUUCCUAUUUCAUACAAUGCAUCUGAAAGAUCCAUGGUCUAUUUUCCUUUUCUCGCCAUUGCCAAGUCUGAUGAGAAAAUAUUAUCUUCUACGUGCCUUCCUGCUACAUUGUUACCAUAAAUCAUAAUGUUCCCUAUCUUAUUCACUUGUAUAUGAUUACCUCAUCUUCACACAUGUUUCUAUGUUUGUAUUUUUCACCUUUUUGCAUGGUCGAAGCCCCUCUAUGGACAACACUAUGAUGAAGGUUAGAAAUCUUUCUGGAUGUAACAAAAUAUAUGAAAAUUACAUUUAGUUUUGAAUUGUAAACAUUAUACUAUGAUAAAUCAAAUACAUAGCCCGCUUCGGCCGGGGGUUUACCCAGUGCGCACUUUCGGGUAGUGGCUGCGGGUUCCCACUUCAUCCAAAAAAAAAAUAUAUAUAUAUAUAUAGCCAGCUUCUUGUAUUUGAGAUGUAUAUCAUUUGCUCUUGAUUGCAACUAUGUUAAGUUUUGCCGAGUUUUGCUAGUUUAUCGUACGCGUAUCUGAAUUGUGCAACAUAUCUUCAUUGCUAAAUGUUGAGUUGAUCCACGGCUAGCUAUAUUGUUUUGGAAGCAUAUGUUCGGAUAGU